AUGAAUGGCUCACAGACGCAGGACAAGUCAUCGCAAACUACGCUGGACACCGCGCUGACGCCUGGCGUCGUGCUGGAUACCAACAUCACUCUCACAGAGUGCGAAGAGUGGUUCUGUGUAAAUACAAAGCGAUCAUGGAAAGAUACUCGCAAUGCCAUGAUCAUGAGCGCAUCGAUCGGCAUCGCGUGCUUGAUACUCUUCGGCUUGGUAAGACAUCAUUGUAAGGUGUACCGAACGCGGCUCUUCCACCCAAGAGUGGCACCUAUCCACAGACCACCUCCUCUGCGAGCGACGUGGAACUUGUUUGGCUGGGUGCUUGACGUCGUGAAUAUCAAUCAGCGUACGCUCUACGAUACCGCAGGACUCGAUGCACUUUACUUUGAUAGGUCAAAUCUUCUCAUGUUGAAGGUCAUUGGAUUCGUAGCAGUUGUAAACUGCGGAGUCGUUAUGCCCGUGAACUACCUGCUUGGCGACGUUAUAACUCCAGAAGCAAUCAUCGUUGGAAAUAUGUCGCCUUCGGACAAAUUAUCGAUGACCAACAUACCCAUCGGAUCUGCUCUGAUGUGGAUUCAUGCCGCAGUUGUCGUGCUGACAACCUUUUUUGUAUGCGCUCUGCUCUACGUUGAUGCCAACGAUUUCAGAGCAGAUCGUCACGCAUGGCUCGGACAUUCCAUCCAAGCGCCUCGCUUCGAAGAUGAAGAGACUAACCGAAGUACGACCUCAUCUGUGGCCACUCAGCCCGCAUCUUUGGACGGUGGAUCUGGAAGAUUAAAGUCCCUUCUUAGUCGGCAACUUUCAAGUCAUAUUCAGGAGGCUGAGUGCUCGGCAUGUGAACACGAGCUGCACGAGGAGAGCAGCGUUGAAGAAAAGUCAGAUAAUUUCGAUGAUUUCUCAAGGAUCCAUUCAGAGAUGUCAAUCUUCCAAAGACAACACGUGUUUGUUCCCGGAAUGGUUGGCUCAAUUGCAUCAUCGAGAUGGGCUGUGAAGGCUCAGCAGUAUGCUGUGAUAGUCACCAACGUCACCAAAUCUACAUGUGUGGAGGUCUCAACCUCAUUUCGGUCCAUGUUUCCUGAUGUGAUCGCAGCUGUCCCGGUUCUGCACCACGCCAUCGUGGACAAGAACCUAGAAAAGCUCGAUCAGGCGCAGCUGUCUCUCCUGCGUCUAGAGGAGCGCAUAAGUACUUCUCGCAACCCUGAAUCAGAACGCAUGAAAAAGAUGCUGUCGCGAAGAGAGUUCCUAAAGGACAAAAUAACUUCGACAUUUUCUGCCGUCAAGAAGGCGCAGGAGGAUUCCAAGCUUGAUCCACGAAGUGGCUAUUCGUAUAUCAUCUUGUUCCGAUCGCAAGCUUCUGCUGCGAUAGCCGCACAGACGCUGCUGCAGGAUCCAGGUGGCGAUCGCGGGUGGAACGUCGCCGCCGCUCCAGCACCGGACGACGUCAACUUCCAAUCGUUGUGGCUUGGUCCGGGACAACGGUGGUAUCGCUCUAUCGUGGCACUUCUCACUGUCGCGUUCAUAGUGUCGUUUCCCAUCGGUAUAUUCACAAGCAGCAUGGUUGCCUUAAGUGCAGCUUUAUGUUCAAAAAAUUCAGACAUAUUGAACAGUGAAUGGUACUGCGAUAAUGAUGGGGACGGGAAGCAAAGCUUCUUCUUUCGCUUACUUACGGCAUGGAUACCAAGCUUGCUUCUUGCGACAUGGAAUGCAGUGGUGGUGCCGUUUGGCUUCGCUUUCGUCGCCUUGUAUGAAGGUUCUGAGAUUACCCUCAGUGGGAUAGAUCGGAAAGUGUUUCGAUGGUUUUAUCUGUAUUCCUGUUUGAACGUCCUUGCAGGCGGAAUGCUGGCAGGCAGCUUUUUCUCACAGCUGGAGAACAUCAUUCGGACGCCCUCAUCCAUUUUCACACUGCUCGGUUACGCUGUGCCCCAAUCUUCGGGAUUUUUCCUUGCUUACAUUUCUACUAAUGCAUUCAUGCUCGAGCCGUUGAGACUCCUUUUGCCCCACGGGGGUGUCUUGCUAUGGUUUGCGACGGGAUGCGGCAGAAGGUUUGCUUGGAGUGGCAGGAUCACUCGAGACAUCAGUGCAUAUUUUUCGCCUCGCUCUCAAAGAUAUGGGAGCAAUUAUGGGACGCAGCAGCUGAUCUUUUUGAUAUGCUUGGUAUUUUCAACUGCAUCUCCAGUGAUCACGCCCCUCGGCUUUGCUUACUUUCUGCUUGCUUGGUUGGUGUGGCGAUAUCAACUCUGCUAUGUUUUCAUCAGGGCUUACGAGAGUGGUGCUUUGCUGUUCCCUGCCCUGUUCAGUAGGAUCAUGAUUUCCUUGCUGCUCUACCAGAUGUUCAUGUCCUUUUACCUGCUAAUCAAGGCGGCGUUCGUCCCCGCUUUCGUGCUUUGGAUCAUCGUUCCGCCAUUUCUGUGGAGCUUCCACUCCCACUGCACCAGAUGUUUCAUGAUGAAGUCCGUUUAUCUUCCACUCGCAAUCGCCAAGGAAAUGCCCGUCGCUUCGAUUCCGGUGGACACUUACUGCGCUCCUCAAAUGCAUCCCGAAUUUAGAGGUUGGGCAUCAGAGGUGGGCAAAGCGUGGCAGGGCUAUGGACCUUUUGUUCGAAAAUAUGUCUAGCUUCUCGACUGCUACGAUACUCUCUGGUCUAUUACUCAAGCUAACAUUUAACUUAGUACUCAGAAGCUCUUUACCUUCUUUUUCCCUCCGAAGAACAUCCAAACAAACAGGAGCAGUAAGACCGUGAACACCAUGCCACCGUACACGAGCAUCGCGUCCAUGCGUUGUCUUCUAUCGAUGACGCGAAGCAAAGAUGCUGAUACGCCGAUGCUAUUGAGGAGAUCCAGCAUCUUGUGCUGCGCGCCUUUCAGUCUCUCCUUCUGUUCCCCGAGCGCGCCCAAGACGCUAGCUCCGUGCGCCAACAAGUCGUCCACCAUACCUCCAGAACGUUGCAGCGACAUCUUGGCACCAGCUUCAGCGUCGUACUGAUUUACGAGCAAUCUGAACUCGUCGUCCGACGUGACUCUCUGCAUGAGUUCCACUCGAUCCCUCUCCUCCGCUUGUCUUCUGCUCUCUCUCGACUUGAACCUCUCCAGGGAAACUCGGAUUUGGUCGCAUUCCUCCACUACCUGCUCCACCUUCCUCUUCCACAGGUCCCUUUUGCUGCUGUUCUCCUGAACCACGAGGAUA